CGCGUUUAGCUAGUUUCAAAUCAAGCCCUUGCUAGCAGGCUCUGAAACAACACACAAGAUUUUUUUUUCCCAUUUCUAGUCGGGUAAAGACUCACAAAUGUAAGGGUACUUCUAUUUUUACACAAUUUCAUGUACUUCUACUUAAUAUGAACAGCUGUGAGUACUUUUGCCACCAUUGCAUGUAGACAUGGUAAGCUACUUGUGUUUGUCUCUGUAGCCUGACCUGAGAGUUUUUAGACAUACUUGCAUAAAAGGUUAUAUUUGGCAAAAUGUCUACACAAGAAAUCAAAGUGCCUUCUUUCUUCAAGGUGGAAUCCACCCAGUGCCCGGCACUGGCCAGACAGGUUUUCAAUAGAAUACUUUUGAAGCUGUUAGGCCUCACCAAACUGGUUUCUUUAACUUAUCACCUGACUGAUGCCGUUGUCCGAGUAUGUAUUUUGAUUCCUUAUCGGGGACGAAGCAUCAUGUUCAGUAGAUACCUUGCAUUUUAGCACAAUACUGUAAGCGAUGCUUUGAGGCCCACAUUUUUAUCUGCGAAGAGCGAUACCAUGUGUCCAAAGAGAGGGCACGCAUCCAUCGGGACCCUGACAUCACUUGCUAGUUUGGCCAACUCGCUGGCAGAAGUCAUCAAGUUAUCAAACAGCAGGGUCAGCGGGACACCGCGGAGAUGCCAGUCGGUCGGCGAGGCUCCCAGCCGGCUUUUGGCGCGGUCGGCGAGCGCUUCGGCUAACAGCGGCACCAACGCCAAACUCGCCGACUACUUCGGGAAGCAGUCGCCGAAACGAGAUGGCGGUGACUUCGACCGCUCUCUCAGGGAUGUGGUUCAAACCAGCAAAGAGGCAAUCGUGGCCCUGCAGAGAAAGAAUCUAGCAGUCCAGCCGCUGCUUGCCAUCAUACAGGUGGGUGAAGAUGACAGCCUGUUGGAGAUCAAUAAGAAAAUAGCAGGAAAGGUUGGCUUAAACGUCACACAGAUCUGUCUCGCCAAGGACAGUGAAGAUGAAAUUGUCGAGGAGGUGUUGAAGCUGAACGAGGACCCCAGGGUGCACGGCAUUUACCUCCACCUUCCCCCUGCUUCCCUCACCAGCCGAGUGCUCGACGCUCUCAAACCCGAGAAGGACGUAGAUGGGAUAACAUAUUUGAACACGGGCCGUUUGGUGCAAGGGGACCUGAACAAAGGCUUUGUGCCGCCUGUUGCCAGCGCCGUCAUGGACCUGUUGCGAAAACACGAUUCACCUGUAGAAGAAAGAAGAGUAGCGAUGAUCGUUGCUGAAGGACCUCCUGGAGUGGCCCUGCAGUGCUUCCUGGAGAGAAGUGGAAUGGCCGUUCUCAAAAGUCAUUCCAAUACCAAGAACCUACAGAGACAAGUGAUGGAGGCUGAUGCUGUGGUCCUACUCGGUGCAGAUCAUCUUGAGAUUCCAUCCACCUGGAUCAAGCCGGGGGCUGCGGUCAUCCGUUGGGAGCCCACCCUACACACAGAUGAGUCCGGGAUGUCUUCAAAGUCCGGGUUGGCGUAUCUGACAGCAGCGUACAGAAUACAGAAUGUGGUGCACAGCAGCAGUCGGAGGCUCCAGGAGCAGCAGUAUCGACCCUGGCGACUGCGCAGUCUCAACCUACAGCCCCUGACGCCCGUACCAAGUGACAUUGAGAUUUCCAGAGCUCAGACCCCCAAGGCAGUUGACCAGUUGGCAGAGGAGAUUGGCCUGUUGCCAGAAGAGCUCGAAGCUUACGGCAGGAGCAAAGCAAAAGUCCGCCUCUCCUUGUUGGACCGCCUCCGAGCGCAGCCUGACGGCAGAUACGUUCUGGUUGCCGGCGUAACUCCGACCCCCCUCGGCGAAGGGAAGAGCACCGUGACCAUCGGCUUAGUGCAGGCCUUGUCUGCUCACCUGAAGCUUAACUCUUUCGCCUGUCUACGACAACCCUCUCAGGGACCCACCUUUGGGGUUAAGGGGGGAGCUGCAGGAGGGGGAUAUGCUCAGGUCAUCCCAAUGGAGGAGUUCAACCUCCAUCUGACGGGUGACAUUCACGCCAUCACCGCUGCUAACAACUUGGUGGCGGCAGCCAUCGACGCCAGGAUGCUUCACGAGGCCACCCAGUCGGACAAGGGUCUGUACAGUCGACUGGUGCCGUCAGUCAACGGAGUGAGAAGAUUUUCGCCCAUCCAGGUUGCCAGGCUGCGCCGUCUCGGCAUCGACAAAAGCGACCCUGCCUCUCUCACGCCCCAGGAAGUUAGUUCUUUUGUCCGUCUUGACCUCGACCCUUCCAAGAUCACCUGGCAGAGAGUGGUUGAUACAAAUGACCGCUUUUUGAGGAAGAUCACCGUCGGGCAGGCCAGCACUGAAAAAGGACAAAUCAGAGAGACAGGCUUCGACAUUGCGGUGGCCAGCGAGAUCAUGGCUAUCUUGGCUCUGGCAGACGGCCCAUUCCUGCAGGAAAAUGGGAGUUUCAUUCAUACUCCGAUGUGUGCUCACUCCACAAUAUGGUAUCCAACCACCGGCCCGGAUGUUUCUGUCUACUGUCAGGGUGUGAGCGGGGCGCUGGCCGUGCUUAUGAAGGACGCCAUCAAACCCACGCUGAUGCAAACCCUUGAGGGUUCACCCGUGUUUGUCCACGCCGGGCCCUUCGCCAACAUCGCCCAUGGCAACUCUUCGGUCCUCGCAGACAAGCUGGCUUUGAAGUUGGUGGGACGGGACGGCUUUGUGGUGACCGAAGCUGGCUUUGGAGCGGACAUCGGGAUGGAGAAGUUCUUCAACAUUAAAUGCCGGACUUCGGGCUUGAGGCCCAAUGUGGUUGUGCUAGUUGCGACCGUUCGGGCUCUGAAGAUGCACGGCGGAGGCCCCAACGUAUCCGCCGGCAUGCCGCUUCCACGAGAAUACAUCGACGAGAAUCUCACUCUUGUUAAACACGGCUGCCUCAGCAACCUGAGAAAGCAGAUCGAGAUCGCUCAUCUGUUUGGAGUUCCGGUCGUGGUCGCUCUAAAUGUCUUCAAGACAGACACCCAGCCUGAGAUAGAGCUUGUGUGUAAGAUCGCCAAAGAGUGCGGGGCGUCCGACGCGGUGCCGUGCCACCACUGGGCGCAGGGAGGGCGAGGUGCUGUGGAACUCGCCCAGGCCGUGAAAGCUGCCAGCGGCAGAGCCAGCAACUUCCAGUUCCUCUACGACAUUGAGAUGCCAAUAGUGGAGAAGAUUCGAACCAUCGCCCAAAAGGUGUAUGGAGCUAAUGACAUUGAGCUGUCCUCGGAGGCCAUGGACAAAAUAAAUGACUAUGAUCAGCAGGGCUAUGGUUCUUUACCAAUCUGCAUGGCCAAGACUCACCUUUCCCUGUCCCACAUGCCGGACAAGAAAGGCGCCCCCACUGGUUUCAUUUUGCCAAUCCGAGAUGUUCGCGCCAGCAUCGGCGCUGGCUUCAUCUAUCCCCUCGUGGGAACGAUGAGCACCAUGCCCGGCCUGCCGACUCGACCCUGUUUCUACGAUAUUGACCUGGACCCGCUCACUGAGGAGAUCACAGGUCUCUUUUGAGCACGUCAAGAUCCUCAACAGGAAGAUGUUUGCUAAUUUUACGCCUCAGGAUGCGCACUGCGUGUCCCAUCAAGACUCAUCACUGAUGGGAAGCGCUCUGCAAUUACUCCCAGCAGCUCAUAUCGCAAAUUGUGUUUCAUAUGCUGUCUUUGCAGUGUGUGUGUAAUAUGCCAAAGAUGACGCGGUCCAGAUGCUUUUCACCUAUCUUCGCAAACCUCUACUUUCAGGGUUUUUUUUUUUUUUUUUUUUUUCUGAAUCAUGUUCGUAUAGUUACUCGCAGGUCUUUGAAGUAAUGCUGCUUUUUAUCGCGGUUGCGAGCUUUUUACAUGACUCGGGCACAUAACCAAAUAGCUCUUGGACGCACAAGUUGCCUUUUACGUGGAGCAACUUUUUGUCUCUUGCUGGAGUGGUUGCACUGUAACCAUGCUGAAAUCACUGUCAAUCUCGCUCCAGUCUUAAUGCUGUUACAUAUUAUUUGACAGGGUCACAAUUACAAACCUUGGUAUCUCCCAUCACAUGGUCGAUGGAAUCAAUCGCUAAUGUAUGUAAUACUGAAUGUUAUAUUUCAUGAAGGGUUAUACAUUUCUAAAGGAAUGUCAGUGACUACAUUAUGACAAUUCAAUUGCAUGGUGAUCAUCAGUUUGAGAAAUACAUUUACUUCUGAAAUUGUGUUUUUGUUUUUACUUGACCCUGUGUGCCUUUCCUGCAAAUGUGCAGUGAACCGCAACUAUAUCGCGGAUUAAGUGAUUGUUUUUUUGUGUUUUUGUUUUGUUUUUAUUUGUACGGACGAAUCCAAAUUCAGAAUUGUGCACUUUCAGUUGAGCCGCAAAAUACCGGGCAGCCCUUACGUCUACCGGCAAAGAUGCGAUGUAAAUAAGCGGAAGAAGAAGAGACAGAAAAGAUAAUUCCCGCAGAGCAGGGAAAAUAAUUCCUGGUGAUAUUCCUGUACACUUUGUGUAGAUGCUCCAUGUGUGUUACUUAGAGCAGCGGUUGUUUCAAAGUUCAUUAACUGUUGCAUUAGCAGAUCCGAUUUUAAUUAUUAAAUGAAACUGGACAGUUUUUAUUUGUUGUAUCUCAGAUUUUCACCCAUUCGGAGUGAGUCCUAAAAUCCCCCCUGUGAUGAAAGGCGGUUCAAUUUGCUCUUGUCACUAACGUUGAUUUCUUUCUCCUCCAGGAUAAGAUGCUUAUGUUGUGAGCAUGGAAGUCGUGCGCUUACACUUGUCUGUCACCGGUAGCAUUCCACAUCUGUACACUCUGUUAUUGUGUGUAUGUGCGCAUUGGGCGGGAUCUGACACUUAACUACAGUCGUGACUGCAAGGAAUGUGCUUACAGUCGUGCAGCAAUGGCUUAUUCUCUGUAUGCGUGUGUGUUUUUGAACCCUCUUGAGUGGAUGACAGACAUCUUGACAAGGAGCGACCGUCAUGGCUUUGCAAUGUGGUGGAAAAUAUCAGCUUUAAAUCACUCAACAUUCGAAAAGUUAACGACUUGUUUACACACAGUAUGGUGCGACUCACCUGUAUUGCAUUUUGGUGCCUUGAGAUAAAAGUGACCUGAAUUUUUCAAAAUUUG